CGGGGACGAGCCGAGCCGAGCAGCCGCCAGAGGGAGGGCGGCAUUGGCCGGGGCUAGGGACAGCGACAUGGCCGAGAAAUGCGACGUGGUCGUGGUCGGGGGCGGCAUCUCAGGUUUGUCAGCUGCCAAACUGCUGUCUGAGUCUGGCAUCAAUGUGGUGGUUCUUGAGGCCCGGGACAGAGUUGGAGGAAGGACAUUCACUAUCAGGAAUGAUCGAGUUAAUUAUGUAGAUGUUGGUGGAUCAUAUGUGGGACCUACCCAAAACCGGAUUCUUCGACUGGCAAAAGAACUGGGUGUUGAGAAUUAUAAAGUGAACGUGAAAGGCCAUUUCAUCCAUUAUAAGAGGGGAAAGUCACGCUACUUCACAGGUAUUUCCCCUCCAACGUGGAAUCCCUUAGUUUAUCUGGAUUACAAUAACUUCUGGAGGACCAUGGACAAGAUGGGAGAAGAGAUUCCUCUUGAAGCACCAUGGGAUGCUCCACAUGCUGAAGAAUGGGACAAGAUGACCAUGAAAGAGCUGAUAAAUAAGAUUUGCUGGACCAAAGCUGCUAAAGAAUUUGCCACCUUAUUUGUGAAUGUCAAUGUCACCUCUGAGCCUCAUGAAGUCUCUGCUCUCUGGUUCCUGUGGUAUGUGAGGCAGUGUGGGGGCAUGUCCAGAAUUUUCUCUAUCACCAAUGGAGGCCAGGAGAGAAAGUUUAAAGGGGGUUCUGGUCAGAUAUCAGAGAAAAUAAUGGCACGCCUUAAAGGCAGAGUUAAACUGGAGCAACCUGUGGUCCGUAUUGAUCAGACUGGUGAUAAUGUCAUUGUGGAGACUCUAAACCACCAGACAUAUGAGAGCAAGUAUGUGAUCAUUGCUAUCCCUCCGAUCCUAACAACGAAGAUUCAUUAUAAACCAGAACUGCCACCAAAGAGAAACCAGCUAAUUCAGCGUGUGCCUAUGGGCUGUGUCAUAAAAUGCAUGGUGUACUACAGGGAAGCUUUCUGGGAGAAGAAAGGUUAUUGUGGUUCCCUCUUCAUCGAGGAUGAAGAGUCUCCAGUUGGAAUAACCAUAGAUGACACGAAACCUGAUGGAUCUUUCCCUGCCAUUAUGGGUUUCAUCCUUACCAGAAAGGCUGUUAAACUGGCCCAUCUCAGUAAAGAAGAGAGGAAGAAGAAGAUCUGUGAGGUAUAUGCCAAGGCAAUGGGGAUGGAAGACGCUUUACAUCCUGUGCAUUACGAAGAAAAGAACUGGAGCAUGGAGCAAUAUUCAGGGGGUUGUUACACAGCCUACUUCCCACCAGGCAUAAUGUAUUCUUAUGGAAGGAUCAUUCGCCAACCUGUUGACAGAAUCUACUUUGCUGGCACAGAGACAGCUACCCGGUGGAGCGGAUACAUGGAGGGGGCUGUAGAGGCAGGAGAGAGAGCAGCCAGAGAGAUAUUGCACAGUAUGGGGAGGAUCUUACAGAAUGAAAUUUGGAUGCCAGAGCCAGAGUCAAAGGAUGUCCCAGCCCAACCAUUCACCACCACCUUCUGGCAGAGGAACCUGCCGUCCGUGCCAGGACUGCUGUGCCUGCUUAGCUCUACCGUGUGUCUCACCUCCGUGGCUGCUGUGGUGCUGAUUGCCUGUAAAAAGGGACUACUAAUUCGAAACUAGUGAGGACCACACAUCCGGUGAAAGAUGCAUAUUUCCUCUUCUUCCCUUUUACCUGCUGAGUGUCAUUUUUUUAAGAGAAGUGGCAUGGAUGGCUGGAAAGGGCAAAAGUUGUUCUCCUGGUGAUUUUUCUUUUUAGUACCAUACUUAAUGCAUCAAAUCUACUGCAGUUGCUACCAGCUAAACAGAAAUAAAACAUCUGUGGGGGAAAUUUUCAAUUUUGCCUUUUCCUUGUCCAUUUGUUUUGAUUGGACAUGAUAAUAUCAAUUAUGUAUUAUUAAUAUAGGCAAGGCAAAUGCAGAUCACAACCUUCCUGAAAGUCAAAGAGGCCUUGGAGGAUGCAUUUGUUUCCACUUGCCACCUUUGUUUUUUUACCACACAAAAUAAUAAAUGCCUUCAUGUAUUCACCUCAAUUAGCAGCUCAGAAUAUCUGAGGUUAUUCCCAUAACAUCCUCACUGCAUGGAAGAGAUCAGCAUACCAAUCAGACGUAGAAUUGCCAAAUUAAUUUUAAAAAUGCAUUUGAUUAAUUAUUAAUCAUUGCAAUGUGAAAAUCAGCCACGAACUGGAUGAAAAGUGGUGAUUAGCACGAAGCAGCUCACUAAAUUAUGAGAGAGGAAGCGCAAGUGGCCUUUAUUCUGCCUGCUACCAAGCAAACAUCUGUGUUUAUCUGUUCUUUAAGGUGUCUGAGUCGGUGCAGCAGGGCCACAGCAUGGAUCUCGGCUACCUUCUGGCCCAAGAGCAUCUGAUCCAGCCCAGUCGUUCACUGUUGAAGCAGUGAAAUUACUUAGCAAAGUUAAAGCCCCUCUGACUUGCAGCAGGUGCUAGCUGUCAUUUUCCAAAUGGCAGCAGCUUCCUGGCUCCCUGUCAGUUUGCUGCCCCUCAUUUUACUUGUAAUCUGUACUGCCUUCCUCCAGUAAGGAGAAAUAUUUUGGGGGGCUGAAUUUGGGGGGCCUUGUAAAUUACAGCAAUUGGAUGCAUCUGCCUGUUCUGCUUUUAUUAUGUACAUGACACUUAAAAUAAUCACUUUAGUGUUUAACUGAAGUCUGGAAUAUAUGUUUCACAACACACCAUCGUUAUGCCAUGAAACGUGAGCAUUGUAUGUGUCCAUAAACUCAAUUGUCAUUCAACAUGGGUGAAAUGUGCCUUUCAAUGGUCCUGAAAACUUGUUAAGAGGAGCUCCUCUAUAAACUUUUCUUCAGAUUCUU